UAAAGGCUGGAUGACCCUACAAUGGUGUGGGUCAAUGGCUUGAGAUACACCAUUGUCUUCCUCAGAGUGUUGAUACAGAUUCUGCAAACUUAUUCAUAAUGCAUGCAUGUGUAUGGAGAAAAUAAUGGAUGUUCAUUGUGGAAGCUUGACACAUAAGGACCAGAGAACCGUGAAACAAGUACUUUUACCAUGUUAUGGUUAAAGACAAUUGCAUUGAUAUGCAUGUUGCAAGAAUUUCAAUAUUCUUUGUAAGAGUACAAAUGUAUUCUUUGGUUGACGGAGAUUUGGAGCAUGUGUGCCUCUGGUGAAUUUUGGAAUGUUAUACAAGGGUGGAGUUGAGUAAGGACUAGAGAGUCGUGAAACAAGUUUACCAUGUUAUGGUUUAAGACGAUUGCAUUGAUAUGCAUGUUGGUAAGAAUUUCAAUAAUCUUUGUAAGAGUUUCAGUACACAAAUGUAUUCUUUGGUUGACGGAGAUUUUUUUGGUGAAUUUUGGAAUGUUAUACAAAGGUGGAGUUGAGCUCGUCUUUCUUUUGGUACAUGGGAUGUCAAGGUCACUUCGUCAACUUGUUGGAUGAAGAUGAAAUAUAAUAUGCACAAUAUAUGAUGUGAAGGUGUGUUUGGAGCGUGAUUUAGGCUUGCAUGUCAGUGACAUGUCCAGUUGGGCAUAAAAGAGCCCAUACCAUGCAGCCCUUUUGUUGCCUUUGGGGAUCAAAAUAGAAGCAGUUAAACUACAGUCCCUUCACAUUUGUCAGCUGAGAAUGGAUGAUACAGAUGACCCAAAACAAAGCACUGCUGAUAUGACUGCUUUUGUACAAAAUCUUCUUCAACAGAUGCAAUCCAGGUUCCAGACAAUGUCCGACUCCAUCAUUACAAAGAUUGAUGAGAUGGGCAGCAGGAUCGACGAGCUGGAGCAGAGCAUCAAUGACCUCAGAGCUGAGAUGGGAGUGGAAGGAUCGCCAUCUCCUUCAGCCUCGUUGAAGCCAAAUAUAGAGCCCAAGUCAGCGGAUGAUUCAGCCAAGGAGUAACUAUGUCAUGCUGUGUUGUUACUUGUUUUUUAAAUGAUAGGAUGUGUCUGCUGCCUCAUUUUAAGUGUUCGCUUUGCUGUUUUUGGUUCGAAACCAUACUCCAUGGAUUUGUGAACAAGACCAAAUUUGAUUCUCAUUUUCUGACAGCAAUGUAGGAUUCCCUUUUUAUUACCAUCCGUCUUCAAAUUUCGAA